CAUAGAAACCGAAGGUGAAAACGUGGCGAAACAAUGUGUGAAAUGUUCAAAAUAAGGAUUUGAAACGAAUAAUUACUCUUUUGGGAUGACAACUAAUGAAGAAUGUCUAGAUGACAGUCUCUUAGAGAGACUUGUCAAGACUGAUGAAAAGAAAGUUGUGAAUUGCCGGAGUAGUACAGAUAACAUUGAAGGGCACAAAUUACGACACGCCACGGAUAGUUUUCCAAAUAUCAAUGAGAGGCCGGUUGAUGAUAUUUCGAUUGAAUUCUUUUAUAAGCCGCACAGCAUUACAUUGCUUCUCAUCGCGAUUGGUGCUGUGAUAUAUUCUGCAUUCACUAGGAAUACUACAAAUAUCGAGGACAACAUUUGGGCUGGAAUACUUUGCAUCAUAUUUUUCUUUCUUAUCAUAUCAAUUCUCACAUUUCCAAAUGGACCAUUUACUAGACCUCAUCCAGUUGUUUGGAGACUUGUAUUUGGCUGCAGUGUCCUAUAUCUAAUGGGCCUGUUAUUUUUACUGUUUCAAGAUUAUGAUACAGUUAGAAAUAUCUUUGUUUGGAUAGAUCCUAGUUUGGCAUCAUUUCACAUUGAUAUGGACAAAGAAUAUGGUGUUAAUUGUUCAGAGAUUACAGUAGAGAAGAUAUGGAACCAUUUAGAUAUUUUUGCAGUAGCCCAUUUCUUAGGAUGGACUUUUAAAGCAAUUCUUAUUCGCCAUCUUGGUAUUCUUUGGGCCAUUAGUGUAAUGUGGGAAGUAACAGAAAUAGCAUUUGCUCAUUUACUACCAAAUUUUGUGGAAUGUUGGUGGGAUGCUUUUAUACUUGAUGUAGUUGUUUGUAAUGGUUUGGGUAUUUGGGUUGGAUUAAAAAUUUGUUCCCUUUUGGAAAUGCGAGAGUACAAGUGGGUAAGCAUCCUUGACAUUGAGAGCACCACUGGAAAAUUAAAGAGAGCUAUGCUACAAUUUACUCCUGGCAGUUGGACUGCUGUUAGGUGGUUGGAUCCAACUUGUACAUAUAUGAGAUUUGUUGCUCUGUGUCAGUUGGUAAUUUUCUGGCAGGUUUCAGAGCUGAAUACAUUUUUCUUGAAGCACGUAUAUGAAUUUCCACCUUCUCAUCCAUUUGUCAUAACAAGAUUGGUAUUAAUUGGAGUAAUUGUUGCACCUUCUGUUAGGCAAUACUACAUGUUUGUAACAGAUCCAACAUGUAGUAGAGUAGGGACCCAAUGUUGGGUCUAUGGUGCAAUUAUGGUUACAGAAGCAUUACUAUGUAUAAGGCAUGGUGCUACAUUAUUUGAGCGUACUCAAGCAUUAAACAUUCUUUUAUGGCUACUCUGCCAAUCUCUAGUCUCAGUUCUUUGUGUCUAUGGCUGUGUUUUAUGGCAUCGGUACUUUGAGACGGAAAAGAAAGCUACUUCAAAACAGUGUAUUACUCAACUAGACAACAGCCAUCUGGAUGUAACCCUUAGCAGUGGGGACAUGGUUCACUCUACAAAAUCUGUGGACUUGUUGGAGAAAAAACAAUUAUGA